AAAGUAAAAACUCACAGAAGAAACAGAAAGCCAAAAACACAGGAAGCGAGGAACUAAAGGAGAAAAGCGACCCUUCCUACAAGAAGAGAAUUGAAAUUUGUUUCCUUUCUGGCAAACCCUAAUUUCUCUCCCUCUCUCUCUCUCUCUCAGUCUCGCUUCGUUUGUACGGACAUUAUGGCAGUCUCAGUCUCCAAUCCGCGGCGGAAAUCCUGAGGACGGCCUCGGCUUCGGCGGCAUUGUUUAUGCGGGGAAUCCAAAAUUCCUCUUGAUUAAUUUUCGAAAUUCGGGUUUUGAAUUUGUCGGAUUCGGAUCGACGCAAUGGAGUCUCUGAUGGAGCUCUGCGACCUAAUCGCGGAGCACCCGGCCCAAUUCUCCGAGAAGCUUUCGUGGAUAUGCGACCGGUGUCCGGCGCCGGAGUCUCUCCUAGGCAGAUCGCCUCGGGUGACUCGGUCUCAGCUCAAUGCCGUGCUCGCCGUCGCUCGCUUUCUCUCCAAAUGCCCCGAUUGGGCCGAUCUCCGCCCCAAGUCCGUCGUCGUCGAGUUUCUCCGCUCCAUUCCCUCCUCCUUCGACCGCUCCUUUUGGCCUCAGUCCUUCGGAACCGACUUGAUCGCUUCGUUUUUCGUCGAUUUUCUCGGAUAUGUGUCGAAAGCCACUGAAUUGUCGCCGGAAUUCGCUGCCGAGAUCGCCGGCUUCUCUGGAGAGGUCGUCGUUUCAGCGAUUAGCAACGGAGGCGAAGAUUUAGGGAUUUCUAGGGCUUUUCUUAUGGCUCUGUCGCAGAAUUUCCCUCCAAUUUUGCCUCUGGAUGCCGAGAAGCUCAUCACGAUGCUAAUUGAGCAGUUUGCGGUGGUUUCCGGCAAUGUAGCUCAGUCACCGGUGACGCCGAGAGGUCAAAAUACUGCAAACUCGGAGACUUCGUCGACGCAGAGCUCGCCGAUGAAUAAUGGUAACCAUCAGCAGCCGAAUGAAAGUAAUGAAGUCAGUAAUGUGUCGGGUUCAUCCGGCAGUGCGUCUUCUAGGGGGUCAGUGGUGAUGAAUGGGAGCAGCAUUUUGUGGAAGAGUGGGGUUGAUCAGUUGGGAGUGACUUUUGGUUUGAAUGAUGGAGGCGGCGGAGGCGGAGCGGCCAUGCUUAGGCAGCAAGUUGCUCAAUUUGAGGAAGAGUCUGUGGAAAAUUUGGAGAAGCAAGAAGUUGCUUUCAAAUUGAUUGCUCAUAUUUUGGAAAAAGCUCGCAUUGAUACUGGGCUUUUAGAGCAGGUUAGAUUAAUUUCAAAGAGGCAGCUGCAGUCUAUGUACGUGUUCCUGAGGAUUAGGAAGCGAGAUUGGACUGAACAUGGGGCUCUCUUAAAAGCCAGGAUCAAUACGAAGCUGUCAGUUUAUCAAGCUGCUGUCAAGUUGACUCUUAAUUGCCUUGCUUGCUUUGAUACUGAUGGGAAAUCAGCCAAGAAAUUGGCACAUGAGACUGUUGCGUUGUUGAUGGAAGCUGCUGAAGCAUGUUUACAAUCUGUGUGGCGGAAGAUGCGAAUUUGUGAAGAGCUCUUUGGUUGUUUGUUGUCUGGGCUUUCCCAAAUUGCUGUCAAACGGGGAGGCCAGGCCCUGCGCAUUUUGCUCAUCCGCCUCAAACCCGUUGUGUUAGCCGUAUGCACUCAGGCUGAUACUUGGGCAAGCAGCCAAGGAGCGAUGUUUGAGAGUGUAUUGAAGACAAGUUGUGAGAUAAUUGAGUCAUGUUGGACCAAGGAGCGAGCUCCAGUCGAUACAUUCAUAAUGGGACUAGCUACAAGCAUUCGUGAACGAAAUGAUUAUGAGGAACAGGGUGAUAAAGGCAAAGAGGCGGUGCCUGUUGUGCAGCUUAAUGUUGUACGUCUGCUAGCUGAUCUGAAUGUUGCUGUUAAGAAGUCUGAAGUUGUAGACAUGAUAUUACCUCUAUUUAUUGAAAGCUUAGAAGAGGGUGAUGCAACAACUCCUAGUUUAUUGCGACUGCGGCUCCUUGAUGCUGUAUCACGCAUGGCAAGUUUAGGUUUUGAGAAAUCUUACCGUGAGACUGUUGUUCUAAUGACAAGGAGUUACUUGAAUAAGCUUUCAAGUUUGGGAUCUGCCGAUAGCAAAACUGUUCCACAAGAAGCGACAACAGAACGUGUUGAGACUCUUCCUGCAGGAUUUCUACUCAUUGCUAGCGGUCUUACAAGUACUAAAUUGCGUUCAGACUAUCGUCAUCGUUUGCUAUCUUUAUGCUCAGAUGUAGGCCUAGCAGCUGAAUCCAAAAGCGGAAGGAGUGGAGCAGAUUUUCUGGGUCCAUUACUUCCUGCUGUAGCUGAAAUAUGCUCUGAUUUUGAUCCUACAGUAGAUGUGGAGCCUUCACUUUUAAAGUUAUUUCGCAACUUGUGGUUCUAUGUUGCUCUUUUUGGCUUGGCACCUCCUAUACAGAAGGUUCAACAACCUCUGAAACAAGUAUCAACUACACUGAACAGUGUGGGAAGCAUGGGUACAAUUCCUCUUCAAGCUGUGGGUGGACCAUAUAUGUGGAAUACACAAUGGUCUUUUGCUGUUCAGAGAAUUGCACAAGGAACUCCUCCACUUGUUGUUAGCUCUGUGAAGUGGCUUGAAGAUGAGUUGGAACUGAAUGCUCUUCACAACCCUGGCAGUCGUCGAGGGAAUGGCAAUGAGAAAGCUGCUUUAGCUCAACGAGCUGCCCUUUCUACUGCUCUAGGAGGGCGAGUUGAUGUUGCAGCAAUGACCACUAUAUCAGGAGUGAAGGCUACCUAUCUUCUUGCGGUGGCAUUCCUGGAGAUUAUACGUUUCAGCAGCAACGGUGGCAUCCUGAAUGGUGACUCUAGCUCAACUGCUUCUAGAAGUGCAUUCAGUUGCGUAUUUGAAUACCUGAAAACUCCAAAUCUCAUGCCUGCCGUCUUCCAAUGUUUGAUGGCAACUGUCCAUAGGGCUUUUGAAACAGCAGUUUUAUGGCUGGAAGAUCGAAUAUCUGAAACAGGAAAUGAAGCUGAGGUGAGGGAGUCAACUCUUUUUGCCCAUGCUUGCUUUCUUAUCAAAAGUAUGUCGCAGAGAGAGGAACACAUUCGGGAGGUUUCUGUGAACUUGCUGACUCAGCUUAGAGAUAAGUUUCCACAGGUCUUGUGGAAUUCAUCGUGUGUUGAUUCCCUGCUAUUCUCAAUUCAUAAUGAUUCGCCUUCUAUUGUUGUCAAUGAUCCUGCUUGGGUGGUGACUGUUCGUUCUUUGUACCAAAAGAUUGUUCGAGAGUGGAUCAUUAAAUCACUUUCAUAUGCUCCUUGCUCUAGCCAGGGUCUUCUACAGGAAAAGCUUUGUAAAGCAAACACAUGGCAAAGAGCACAGCAUACACCUGAUGUGGUUUCUCUUUUAUCUGAGAUACGGAUUGGCACAGGUAAAACUGAUUGCUGGAAUGGCAUACAAACAGCAAAUAUUCCUGCAGUUAUGGCUGCCGCAGCCGCAGCUUCAGGAGGCAACUUAAAAUUAACGGAGGCCUUCAAUUUGGAAGUGCUCAGUACUGGUAUCGUCAGUGCAACAAUGAAAUGCAACCAUGCUGGAGAAAUCGCCGGAAUGAGAAGGUUGUAUAACAGCAUGGGUGGAUUUCAAUCUGGCACUGCACCAACUGGAUUUGGGCUCGGUGCUGGGCUUCAAAGGUUGAUCUCGGGAGCAUUUCCUCAACAGACACAAGCCGAGGAUGACCAAUUUAAUGGGAUGUUGCUCACAAAGUUUGUUCGUUUACUACAACAAUUUGUUAAUGCUGCAGAGAAAGGAUGGGAAGUGGAGAAGUCUCAAUUCCGUGAGACUUGUUCUCAGGCAACUGCAUUACUUCUGUCGAAUCUGGGCUCUAAUUCAAAAUCAAAUGUGGAGGGCUUCUCACAACUUCUCCGUCUUCUCUGUUGGUGUCCUGCUUAUAUUUCUACAUCAGAUGCAAUGGAAACUGGUGUAUUCAUUUGGACUUGGUUGGUUUCUUCUGCUCCUGAACUGGGCUCCCUAGUCCUUGCAGAGCUUGUUGAUGCAUGGUUAUGGACCAUUGAUACAAAACGUGGUAUCUUUGCUUCUGACGUAAAAUAUUCUGGGCCUGCUGCAAAGUUAAGGCCUCAACUUUCUCCUGGUGAGCCAGAAGCGCCGCCUGAAUUUGAUCCUGUUGAGCAAAUAAUGGCUCAUAGAUUAUGGCUUGGAUUUUUCAUUGACCGCUUUGAGGUAGUUCGACACAAUAGUAUUGAGCAACUCUUGCUUCUUGGUCGAAUGUUACAAGGGACGACAAAGCUUCCCUGGAAUUUUUCACACCAUCCUGCUGCUACUGGUACAUUUUUCACUGUCAUGCUUCUUGGGCUCAAGUUCUGCUCAUGUCAAUCGCAGCGCAAUUUGCAGAACUUUAAAACAGGUCUUCAGUUGCUGGAAGACCGGAUUUAUAGGGCCUCUUUGGGAUGGUUUGCUUUUGAGCCUGAAUGGUAUGACACAAGCUAUAUGAAUUUUACUCAGAGUGAAGCUCAAUCCGUCUCUGCAUUUGUCCACUACCUUUCAAAUGAGCGGGCAGAUGCAGCUGUCCAAUUGGAUUUAAAAGGAAGAGGACAUGAAAAUGGGAACCGUUUGGUUGAUGCGAAUGAUCAAUAUCACCCUGUCUGGGGUCAGAUGGAGAACUAUGCUGCAGGAAGAGAAAAACGAAAACAGCUACUCUUGAUGCUAUGCCAGUAUGAGGCUGACAGGCUUGAAGUCUGGGCGCAACCCACUAAUACUAAGGAGACUUCAACUUCUAAGCAAAAAAUUAGUUCGGAGAAAUGGAUUGAAUAUGCUAGGACCGCCUUUUCUGUAGAUCCUCGAAUUGCUUUAUCUUUGGCAAAGAGGUUCCCAACAAACACAUUCUUGAAGGCUGAAGUAACUCAGCUGGUUCAGUCACAUAUAUUGGACAUCCGCUCCAUUCCUGAAGCAUUGCCAUAUUUUGUUACCCCAAAGGCCGUUGAUGAAAAUUCGGCACUUUUGCAACAGUUGCCACACUGGGCUGCCUGUUCAAUCACACAAGCUCUUGAGUUUCUUACUCCAGCAUAUAAGGGACAUCCUCGAGUCAUGGCAUAUGUUCUUAGAGUACUGGAGUCUUAUCCUCCUGAACGAGUAACUUUCUUCAUGCCACAGCUAGUGCAGGCUCUGCGGUAUGAUGAAGAGAAAUUAGUGGAAGGAUAUCUGCUUAGAGCCACCCAACGAAGUGAUAUAUUUGCCCAUAUUUUAAUCUGGCACUUACAGGGUGAGACGGAAGUUCCAGAAUCAGGACAAGAGGCUGUGUCUGCCAAGAAUGCUGCAUUUCAAGCAUUGUUGCCGCAAGUUAGACAGCAUAUUGUUGACGGUUUUAAUCCCAAGGCACUAGAUGUGUUUCAGAGAGAAUUUGAUUUCUUUGACAAAGUUACAUCUAUUUCUGGUGUACUUUUCCCACUGCCGAAGGAUGAACGUCGAGCUGGCAUUCGGAGAGAGUUGGAGAAAAUUGAAGUGAUGGGAGAGGAUCUCUAUUUACCAACUGCUCCUAACAAGCUUGUCAGGGGGAUUCAGGUAGAUAGUGGAAUACCACUGCAAUCAGCAGCAAAAGUCCCUAUAAUGAUAACAUUUAAUGUUGUCGAUCGGGGUGGGGACCACAAUGAUGUAAAGCCACAAGCUUGUAUUUUUAAGGUUGGAGAUGAUUGCCGCCAAGAUGUUCUUGCUCUUCAAGUGAUUUCACUUCUUAGAGACAUAUUUGAAGCCGUUGGAAUUCAUCUUUAUUUGUUUCCAUAUGGUGUGCUCCCAACUGGCCCAGAAAGAGGAAUAAUCGAGGUUGUACCAAAUACACGGAGUAGAAGUCAGAUGGGUGAAACUACUGAUGGUGGUUUGUAUGAGAUUUUCCAACAGGACUACGGAACUGUUGGCUCUCCCAGCUUCGAAGCGGCGCGUGAAAACUUCAUCGUUAGCAGUGCUGGUUAUGCAGUUGCCAGCCUUUUACUUCAACCAAAGGAUAGGCACAAUGGCAAUCUUUUGUUUGACAAUGUGGGAAGGCUCGUGCAUAUUGAUUUUGGUUUCAUCCUGGAAACUUCUCCGGGUGGAAAUAUGCGUUUCGAAAGUGCACACUUUAAGCUUAGCCAUGAGAUGACACAAUUGCUAGACCCUUCUGGUGUUAUGAAGAGUGAUACUUGGAACCAGUUUGUGAGCUUGUGUGUGAAGGGGUACCUUGCUGCCCGUCGCCACAUGGAUGGGAUCAUUAGCACGGUGGCGUUAAUGCUAGACAGUGGACUGCCUUGCUUCAGCAGGGGAGACCCUAUUGGAAAUCUUCGCAAGAGAUUUCAUCCCGAGAUGAGUGAGCGUGAAGCGGCUAAUUUUAUGAUCCGUGUCUGCACAGAUGCCUACAACAAAUGGACCACUGCUGGCUAUGACUUGAUACAGUAUCUGCAACAAGGUAUUGAAAAGUAAAAGAGGAAACUUUUUUCCAGAGACAACUAAUGUACAUGAUUCCCUGUAAUUUAUAGUAAUUACUAGUGUCUUAUAGCUGCAAUUUUUUUCCCGAGGGAUUCUCUGAGGAACUGUUAAAUGGGCAUCAGAUCGAGAAUCAUUGUAUUCUAGGAUAGGAUUCCUCGUGAGGUUUGUAAAAAUACAGUUUGUAGUGAUUAUUUAUUAAUGGAAUUCUCAUUGAUUGUUACCAAAGAAA